AUGAAGUCUCUUAAGACACUGAAUGAGCUUUGUGGAUAUGCUGAAAAAAUUCAAAAAAAUUCCUUUGACGAUAAAAAUUGUAAAAAGCUUUUAGAGAGUCUUUGUGGAGGCCUCGAAAAAUUUCUCGGCUUCAGUAACGGGAGUUACACCGGAGAGGGAAUUGUGUACUCCGACCUUGACAGGCUGUGCGACGGGGUGAUGUCUUUCCUUCAUGGUGUUUUAGAUAACAUUAAAGACAAAUUAGGCCAGCAUAAAACACAUUUAACUAGCGCACUUACUUCACUUAAAGACACAAAUCUUAAUGGUAUUGCUAAAUACAGGGCGGCGAUAGCCGCGGUGGCCAGUGGUGUACAUGAGUAUAAUGUGAGUGUUGAGCGUUCGAAUUCUAUGGUGAGCACGCCGAUGAAUGUGUUGAUUAGGUACGUCAGAAAUCGAGGUGAGUUACUUGGUAGCAUUAAUAGGUUUCAGGUGACGGAUGACAUGAAGGAAGAUGUGCUGGAGGCGGCGGAGAAGACUAUGAAAGAGAAAUUGACGGAAUGCCGGCAGAAAGCAGAGACCUUUAACACAGCUUUUAAUCUUAAGCAACAAACAGAUAUGCGUGAUUCUAUUAGUAAUCUGAAUGAGAAAUUGCGUGAACGUGUACAUGUGGCGUUGAGGGCGGUGAGCCAUGAGACGGAGAGGCUGAAGGCCUUGUCAGAGAAAGAAUGUGAGGAUUUUAAUAGUAUGCAGGAGAGCAUUCAAGAGGUGCUCAAGGAGCACGGCGAGUGCGUGAAAACGAAAAUUACCGAAAAGGUAACAGAGCUUGUUAGGUCUCUGAAAGAGGCGGUGCAGAAGGUAGUGGAUCAGCUGAAGCAAAUUAGUAGUACAUUUAAUGUGUAUGUGAAUCAGCUUGGCAAGUGGAUUGAUAAUGCGAAUGAUGCAAUUGACAAGGCGUUAGAGAAAUUACAGAAAAUCUUGGAGGAGGUAAACGAGGACUCUGUCAUAAAUAAUCCUGGUCGGAUCAAAUCCACGGUAGAUCAGAUUACGUUGGCAGUCCAUCAGAUUUUUGAUGCUGGGCAAGGGGCUACACAGAAAGUCGGAGAAGAAGUUAAAUUGGCGCUUGCAGCUGUUGAAACUUUGAAGACUGCCGUUAAGACGGAUUUGAAUGAUGUGAAAACGCAGCUGCUGACCAAGCUUGCGGGAUACGUUCAAAAGUAUGUUGGAGAAGUGCAAACGAAGGUUAAGGAGAUAAAGGGGGAGAAAGGACAGGAUAAAGGGCUGGAGGGGGUUAAGAAGAGGAUCAUACAGGAGUAUGCUGCGUUGUUCAAAGAUGGUGACCGAGGAUUUGAGAUGACUGUGCAAAAAUGGAUUGAUGAGACUUUGAGAGAGAAUGCACAAGUUAAAUAUUUGCUUUCGCAAUAUUUUGGGUAUAGCAAAAACAGUGAUAAAUUUAAGGAACCGUAUGACAAGUGGGAGGGGAAUAAAGAUGAACUAGGAAAAUACAUAGGCAUCGCAGAAGCGAUGAAGGAUGCGCUUAGGGAAGGUGUUAUUAACGAGGCGGUAGAGGCGGGACAAGGCGAGAUCCAAGAAGCCGACGACAAAAUUCAAGCCAACAUCACCGCUGUCUACAGUUGUAUCAGUGCGUUUGCGGCGUUGCUUGGGCAAAGCGUAGACAAGAAUACACUUAGUUUGGAUGAUCCAAAACUCUUCGUAAAAGGGAUCGCAGAUGCCAUUGAUGACAAGGUGGCGAAAUCAGGGAGAGGUUCAACAGAUAACGGAUAUCUCAGAUCGGCCGUUAAAACCGUGUUAGCCGUUCUCCUCUCCAAGGCUAACCAGGCUGCCGAGAUGCUGGAGUCUUUCGCCGGAUCGGAAGACUAUAACGACAACAAGAUUGGCGAGAACAUCGACGCCGCGCUUCAAGUGGCUACCGAGCUGGACAGUGCUUUUGGCACGGCGCUCGCCACGACCGGCCAAGCCCCUGAUGUCUACCAGUCCUCCACCCCCUUCGACCCCUACGCCAGCAAACCCAUUGAGCUUAAGCACAACAUCCAAAAGACGAUCGAUAAGGUACUGAAUAAGGAGGUGGGGGAGGAUGAAGGUGGCAAAAUAAAAACUCUUGACAAGUUUCCUCUUUCCUUCACCAAUCCGAGGCCAGGGACCGAAGACACCACGAAUAAAAAAUUGCUAGACGACGCCAUCAAGAAAAUCCAAACUGAGGUGGAGAACGCUCUACAUGCCGCUUUAGAGCCAUAUAACGCACUUCAAACGUACGCCGCGACUGUCACCCACAACCUUAAAGAAAUGUGCGCUGCUAUUAAAAAAGCCGCCGACACCGAUCCUAACAGUGUCAAGACGAAAUUAACAGCGUUGAAAGCUCUUAUUGAGAAAUCACACGUUGACGUAAUUACUAAUGGCCAGAAGCAAACGCAGAAGGGUCUGAACAAAAUCCACAGUGAACUCAGUGAGCUGCGAAAACAGCUGGAAGAUGGUCCCAUUAAGGCUGCUACAGACUUCGUCUCCGGCGCUGGACGUCUAUGUGAGCAAUACCUUAAACCAGUUCAUGAACACGUUGGCCAACAGGUCCAAAAGGCUCAAGAGCUUAUAACAACCCAGGCGCGCAAGAACCACGUUAACGCCAUAAAACGUUUGCUUACAUCUUUUGCCGAGAAGGUGGAAAAGGAUCUGAAACCUUUGCCACAAGAUAUUUUACAUGACUUAACACUAGGAUUCAAGGGCUUCAUGGCCAAAUUUGAAGAACAUUUUAUUACGAACUCUAAAUCAAUCAUAGGGAUUAAGGACAUUGAAAAUACGCCGUCACCAGAAAAAUCUCCACUCAGUCAAGCGGCCACAAAGUUGCAUGGAAGCGUCAGAAGAUUCUUCCGUGAUUACCAAAAAAACCCGGACUUCAGUAAAGACUUCCGAAAAAUUGAGACGUCAAAUGAUGCAUUGCAGAAAAUGCUGGCAGAGCUCAUAACAUCGCAGCACUUCAACCAGACAUUUAUGGAAAAUUCAGAGUCGCUCGAAAAUGAGCUUCGCAAGCUUAACCCUUUAACAAUUGGCGAGACAAAGAACCCUUUUAUUAUCGACGCUUUAAAGAAAGGCUUUUCCUCCCUGCUCGCCGAACUCCAGAAGGCGUACGUCUCGACAUACUCCCAGAAGAAAAUUGACUGGGAUAACAUCGGUCAGGAGGAAAAAGAAAAGUACGCAAAAAUCAUGUUCAGUAUCACGCCCAUUUUAUUGUGCAGUCUAAGUGAGCUCGUCGAGGACCUCGAGAAAGAAAAUAGUAAAUGGAAAAACUACAAAAUGUAUUCGCUCACGCCAUCCAAUUCUACCCUCCACGCUCUUUUCUUCCGUGAGAACGGUUACGAUGUUGGCUCCGAGUCAACUACACCAUACGGCGAAUUGAAUCAUAGAGAUAAUUUCACUGGUAGCAGUAUACUUACACUUUUCAGUAGUUUAUCACAUAAGUUGUUUGCAUCGAGCAAACCCGUUGACCUCCCAUCCGACCAUCCCGUAGACUCUGCUGAGCUGACCGUAGAGGUUACAACGGAUGAGGGUGUCAUCACAAAUCUAAACGCAUAUAUGCAAUUUUACUUUAAUGUUUGCCACACCACUCACAUUGACAAACCCAGAACCCCGUGUAGUAUGUACGAGAUGUUAUUGUGGCUGACCGGGUUGCCGUUCAACGCUGUUUAUGAAAAGCUCCAUGAGCAUUGUGAUUCACUGUUUGAGAAAAAGAGGGAAGAGCGUGAUCCUGACACAGCAAUUCCGGUGCCCAUUCCAGCCUAUCCAAAUCCAAUAUCAAACGGCCAUAUUACCUCUGCACUUAAACACGUUACAUCGGACGCUUACCGAUUGCUUACAGCCAUCGCCGGCACCGGCAAUGCAGAGACCGUAUACGCGUGUGAGUUCCCUGUAAAUUCACAUGGUUUCAAAUAUCCAACCAGCGGUGCCGAGUGCCUUCAAAAUCUACUUGACAUCCUUCGUAGACUGUUCCCUCCCCUCAAAUUCUUGGAGAGCCAGUGCAGUUAUCCGUCAUCAGUCAGCGGUUGGCGUCAGUGUUCCUACGGCAGAGAUAUCAAGAUAACCAAAUCGCCGUGCAAGGAGCAUUCAACCAAUAAGCCAAACGGCCAACCAAAUGACCAAGCAAAUGGGCAGCCAAAUAGUCAAGUAAAAUGCCAACCAACCUCUCCAUUAAUGUCUUACUUAAACGACUGCUUACCAGGCCACUUGCCUCAUGAGCUCACUAGUGUUGGGUUAAGCCAGGAAUGCCCUGCCUCACUCCUCUUGGGUUCAGAGGUUUCUCUGGCAGUACACGUACAGGUAAAGAGCUAUGUAAAAUCAUCAGUGAUUUCUUUGCUAGCGGCCUUGUCUCAACACUCUUCUGCCUUGGUCCCAAGCCACCCACCUCCCUCGCUGCCUCCUUCACCUAAAAUCGCCUUUCUCCAAACUCCCCCAAAUCAUCUUAAAAAUGUCCUUAAUAAUCCACAUCAUUUACUUACUAACCUGUGCUCUGGCCUGGAGAAGUUCCUUGGUUACCAAGAAACUUCCAAAGGCUACGAUGGCUCCGGCAUCGUGUACUCUGACCUUGACAGGCUGUGCGACGGGGUGAUGGCGUUCUUGCACGGUGUUCUCAGUGAAGUGAAAAACGAUGAGAGUGUGACGAAAUAUGAUAAUUACAUUAAAUUAUCAAAUAAUAAUGAUGGUUUAGAUAAUGUUCUUCGUGAUGUAUUUUCUAAAAUUGGCACUGGGCGUAAUGGCCUUUCGCUGUCUGUGAACGAGGUGAAGGAGUGGUUGGGGAAAUAUAAUGGAGAAGUUGAAAAGAAGACUGGAGCAGUGACUGGAGGAUUAGGUGAGUUGAUUACUAAAUUAUCAUCUGAUGCAGGUGAAUAUGUUCAAGAGGUCAAUGAACAUAACGGCCUUAGUGUCCAGCUUACCAUGUGGACGGGGACGCUCGGGAAGAUUCAAGCUGAGCUCACAAAGAUAAAAACUAAUGAAGUUAAUGUCAUAGAUAGCGCACUUAAGGCACGCAUAAUGCAUGAGAUGAAGCCGAUUCAGAAAUCGGUUGGGAUGCUGCUUGGGGCGGCUAACAACCCGGCGUUUGUGCAACAAGUGAAGAGCGUAGAUGACACUUUGGAGUGGCAGCGGAGGAAUGUGCUGUGGGAGAUUAAAAACUUGAGAGACCAAAAAGUAAAGCAUUUUAAGAAUAUUAAUGACUGUGUAGAGACUGCGCAGAACUUCAUGAAUAAUGAGUUUGAUGACAAUUAUACUAGGGUAAUCUUGAACAAGUUUAGGGAGAUACAGGUAGAAACUAGUAGGGCUUAUACAUGUUUAGAAAAGAAGAAGAUGGCGCUUGAAAAGUUGGUGGGGAGUGCUCAGGUAUAUUUUGGUGAGAUUUCCAAGGGAAUUGCGCAGAAAACGGGCGGAGGCUCUAGUAUACAGAAGAAUUGGAAUGAGAUUAAAGAUACUGUUCCGGAUCUUGUGGGUAAUAUUGCCAAAACUCCGGGAGGGCAUGGUUCCCUUGUUGAUGUCGUUGACGGUGUAAAGUCGUUUGCUCAGCAGUUCGGAAAAGAUAAUGGCAUAAAUCGGAAUUUCGAAAAAAUAAUGGAGGGCUGGAUAAAUAAUAUCCUCAAUUUAGAACAGGUGAAUGCAUGGAUUGAUAAGUAUGUUAAAUAUAACAAGAGUCAUAAAAGCGGUAGUCAACUGCAGAUUGGCAUCACUGAAGCAAAGGAUAUCCAUCCUAAGAUCAUGGCAGUUAUUAAGGAUAAACUUGGCAAAGCAAUAUCUUCAGCCGGUGUCAAGGUCCAGCAAAUGAUUUCAACUGCCCAGAAUUCAAACCAUAAGAUUCAAGAUUAUAUUGGAGCUGUAAAACAAGGCUGCAAUCAAUUUGCCAGUGAACUUGAGGGGAAGAUUAAGGAUGGGAAGGGAGAUCAUAAGAGUUUUAACAAUUCCUUUGUCGAUGAAGUAGUCAAUGAUAUUGGGAAUAAAGUUAAGAAAGAAGGCUCCACUGGUUAUGAAAGUCAUGCUCUCACACCAGCCAUGCAGUUCGCUCUAGCUGCACUCGCACAUACUUCAAGGCGUGUUGCAGCACAACUAGAAAACUUCAGGAAAGCGGCACAAAUGACCAACGUGGAAGCGGCUACAAGGCAAUUGACACAUAUCGGCGAGCUACUUGGAACGAAUGGCAUUGGCGGUAAGAUUGAUACAUUUCUGAAUAAGGUCACGGCCGCAAUAGAUAACCUCGAUCCAAUACUGCAGCAGGCUGACAGGGAAGGUUCGAUUAAGCAUAGGCUCGAUGAUGAGAAAAACGGACUGAAGAGCGUUCUUACUCACCUUGAUAACAUGUGUAAAGAAGAAAACGAUGAUAAGUACGUGAUAUGUAAAAAGAGAAAUGAAGCCGAUACUACAAUAAAAGAUUUGAAACGGGAACUUAACGAGAAGCUUCACCUCAUACGUCUGGCAGUUACAAUGGCUGAUGACGUUUUGAUAGCUGCGAUUGCUGCUGUACAAAAUGCCGCAGAGAAGGCUUUCAAAACGGUCACAGAUGACGUCCGCGCUCUCUUCGCCCAGGGCCACAAAGCCGACCUGGCGGCGCUCAAAACGCUGGUCGACGGGCAGGAAAAAGAGAUCGAUAAAAUAAUUAGACAUGAUAAAAGCAACGGUGUUAAGGGGCUUUUAAAGUGGAUGAGUAGUAAUAAAAGUACGCUUGAAGAAAUCCAGCGUCUUGUAUCUCCGUCUCCUGCGCCAGCCGUGAAACCUCAGGGAAACACAGAAGAUCGUACAAAAUUAAAAAACGUAUCCGACAAAUUCAGAGAAUAUUCAGACAUUAUUUUGGAUUACAUCGGUGGUCAAGCGAGAAAUCCAAGUGCCAUUGUCAAGCCCACUGAGCAGUCACUUCAGGUCGGAGACAUUAAAGAUGCGUUCGACCGCUUGAUAAAAUAUGUUGCUCAUCAUGAUGAUAAUAAAUACACUUUCGAUCACAUUUCCACGUCUUAUUUAGAUGCUCUUAAUGCGUCUCUACUUAAGCUCUCCCCCUCCCACUUCCACGGCUUCCACAACCCGCUGCUCCUCGACGCCCUCAAGUCCGGCAUGACCAAAUUCACCGAGCAACUCUCCCACGCGUACGUGAAUAAGUAUAGUGGUCAAAAACCUAAAGAUAGGUGGGCGUUUGAUGGAUACCAAGUUGACACUAGGGAAUCCAAGCGUAUCAAUGAGUUCACUGAGGAGGGUCGAAAGGCCGCUAGAGUAUUCCUCACCAUUUCAAGAAUGAUAUACGAAAAUUUGUUUAAAUUACGAGAUGAAUGCGAAGGCCGCUGGAGCGACAAAUAUAUCUGCGAAACAGAUAGCAAGGGAGAUAAUCCACUUGGAAGUUUCCUGAAAGGCUGUGGAUUCCGUGUCGCCGAAAAUGAAGCAUCCAAGAAAGGGGAGUUGAGAUUUCCCUACACCCAAUUCAAAGGCGAGGGAAUUAAAGACUUGCUACCAUAUACCCCCGCCUCCACAUCCGUCAUUCAGCUUCUCGAAACUCUUGUUCCAUACCUUAAUCAAUAUAACCAGAUAGGUCACAACAAGCAUAUUCCGUCACCCAGAGUUCCAUGUUCUAUUUACGAAAUGCUUGCGUGGUGCUGUGGUCUCCAGUUCAACAGUGUCUAUGAGUUGUUAGUAAAAUAUUGUGAUGAGUAUGACACCAAUGAUACUGAUAAGGCGGCAGACACCGAUUUCAAAAAUCGUCUAUCAGACGCCGUUGAUCAUGGUUUACCUAUUUUAUGUAAGUAUUCACACAACUUGCUCAUAACCAUCCUCGGCACCGGCGACGAGGAUACCCUCUACGGUGUUGAAUUAUCGAACAACUCCCUUAAUCUUAAAUAUCCCACGAGCGGUGCAGACUGUUUGCAUACAUUGCUUGAUAUAUUGCGUAAACUAUUACCGACGUUACGAUUUUUAAAGAGUAAAUGUAAACUCAGUACUCAGCACGGAGGCUGGGAGCAGUGUGAAUACGGCAAGGACAUAGCUCCGGCCAACUGGCCUUGCAAGGACCAUUCAACCAAGGAAUCAAAUUGCCAACCUAUGUGCCGACCAAAUGGUGAACCUACGUGCCAACCAAAAUCACCACUAAUGUCUUACCUAAAUGACACAUUACCCGGUCACCUUCCUCAUGAUGUCAGUGCCAUCGGUUGUAGAGCUACAUGUAACACCUGUCCCAAAUCCAAGCCCGGGCAGCCAUGUUUAACGCCUCUCGGCUUUAGAGGGUUUUCUGGCUCUACAAGGACAGGCAAAGAGCUGUGUGAAGCGCUCGGCAGAUUCUUCAGCAGUGCCAACCUUUCACCGUUAUUCUGCAUAGCCCCCAAACCACCAUCCACGCUACCAGAGCACUUCUCAUUUGCGAUUACGUUGGUUAAUGGUUGGCGUAACAUAGCCACGGACCCCUAUGAACAGCGCAUUAAGUCGUCCAUCCGUAAUGCGUCCAUAAAACUUUAUGAUAAUCCAGACGAUCUUACUAAAGCCAUCAUAGAUGCCUAUGGAUCGGCGUCGGCUGAUCAUACUGAUUGCACGCAUCAUCAUCUUACGCAUCUCACGUCAUUCGGCUCUCAUAAUGCUUCCAAGAGGUCUCUUGAGACACUGAAAGAGCUUUGUGGAUAUGCUGAGAAAAUUGAUACUAAAGAAGAUAAUACUAAAAAGCUUUUAACAAAUUUGUGCUCCGGCCUGGAGAAGUUCCUUGGUUACCAAGAAACUUCCAAAGGCUACACCGGCGAGGGCAUCGUGUACUCCGACCUUGACAGGCUGUGCGACGGGGUGAUGGCGUUCUUGCACGGGAUGCUUAGUGAGGUGAAAGAUGAUGAGAGUGUUAAAAUGUACUGGACUAAUGUAGAUAUUGAUGUUAAGUCUAUCAAAGUAAUGUUGCAAACGGGCCGAAAGGGUUUUGAAGGGUUUCUGCCUGUGGUGGAGAGGGGGCUUGAAAGGUGGAAGAGCAAUUUGGAUUUCAAAACGGAGGAAAUUACAGCAUAUAUAGAUGAGAUUCAUGAAGGCAUAAAAGUGCGCACAAAAGCUGCAGAAAUCCAAACAAUGGAGGUUAAAGAACAAUGUGAACAUUGGAAAUCUCAAUCUGCUUCUUAUGUAAAGAGUGCUGUUGAAGCAGAAAAGGAACUAAUAAAACUUGACAAAAGUUUGCAGCGUAAGCUUGAAGUUCCAAUCAAAUUAAUUAAGCAAGCAGUGGAAAACUUCCAAAAAUCGGCAGAAAAUGAGGACUUAAAAAACGUUCUUAUCGAAGUUGCCAAGCAAGUUGGGGUGUUGAAUGAAUUUGCAAGAGGGAUUGCACAGGAAGCUCCCGUAAUGGUUGAAGGAAUUUUCAAAGAGGUUGAGAUUGACAUUUCUACUCUUAAAUCAAAGAGUUUGGAUGUAGAUAGAGCCCGGGAGAGUGCUGUUAACAUGUUAACAACAUUGACAGAGACGACCAAGACGACGAUAUCGUCUGCGAAAUUGAAUGCUGGAAAGCUGGAGGAACUCGAUACACAGAUUAGGGGGGAAUUAACUGAAAAGCUAGCGGGGGUUGCUUUUCAGGCUAGGGAACUGAAUAUUCGUGAACUUCAGAGUGAGCUUGUAACUGGAGCCAAUCGUGUCACGAAAUCUAUCAAGAAACUUACAAGAACGUUAGUUGAUGAGGAGACGAACGUUGAAACUCUAGCUAAGAAAUUGAAAGAAAAGGUUUCGGGUAUCAGAAAUCAUAUAGUUGAUAAGAUUGAAAAACCUUUAAAGGAUUGGAUUAAGGAUAAUGGGGUUGCGCUGGAUUCAGCCAAGCAGAAAGUUCAGAAUGAAAUUAAUAGUUUUAAGGACAAAUACGAAACUAUACACCAACAACUUGAAGGGAUUAAGAAGAUCAUUAAAGGAGAGGAUUCCUCUGUGUCAGAUAAGAAACUUCAAGAGUUGGUCGAGAAGAUUACAUCAAAGCUUCGAGGGUUGGAUGAUCAGGUUGUGCAUGAUCUAAGUGGGUUGCAAAGUAAAAUUGCUGAACCCAUUGAGAAGUAUUUUACUCAUGUGACCGCGGCGUUAACUCACGGUGUGCGCGGUGCUGGUGCCACUAUUGUUGAAAAUUUUGUUAACCAGUUUAAGGGUGCUAGUUCGCUGACAGACACUCCCGAUUUGAAGGCGUGGGUUGAGAAGGAGCAUAAUGCACUUGAGGAUGCCCUAGGUAGUUAUAGAUUCAGUUUCGUGAAAAGAACCGUUGAGGAACUUUGCAAACAUAAUUCCGCAACUCAAGGAAAAAAUAUCUUCGACGUCAUCAAAGAUGAAAUGAAGCACAAUGUUAGAAGCACAAUGACGGAGUAUGUGAAACAAAAUGCGUUUAAAAAUAAAAUGACAAAUUAUAAUGCACAUAUAGGUAAUCCAGGCCAAGAAAGUGACAUUACUAUUCAUGGAGCCAUCCAAGCCGUCAUUGCAAAAAUUCAAGCACUCAAUCUGGCAUACGAUGGCACUACAAUCGCUGACUCUGAUCUUCACGACCUUAAAUCCACUCUUCCAGCUUCCAUGGAAUUACUUAAACUGAAAAUUGCCGAUGUUAUUGGGGUCGUGACAGCAGUUGAUAGUGGCAUUCAGACCUCAUUCCAAAAAUUCACAGACCUUUUUCAGGCAUUCUAUAUCGCUGCCAGGAGCAACCUUGGCAAAACAAUUGAUGAUGCAUUCACCCAGUUAAAAGAUAAAAUAGGGAACAUUGACGUGCAGUUGAACAAUGAGAAGAGAAUGCUCGACACGAUAGUUUCGGAAUCGAAAGAAAUAUUCAGAAAAACGGAAAAGCUUGCAAAAGACCUUGCUGAGCCUGAAUCAGGCAUUCCGAAAGAUAUUAAAAGUCUGGAAGGGGAAAUUACUAACUUGCAGCAUGAGUUGCGGAAGCUGAUAAAUGUCAUCGACAGUGCCGACCUAACUAGUAGAAUAAGAUUGGUGGGAUCUGCGCUUGACGCUGGCAAGCAAGCUGUCAUAGCCCAUAUCGACAAGAUCGCAUCUGACCUCAAGGACAAAAUCGCUGUGGCGUCCAACGCCAUCAAGAAUAAUGCUCAACAAAAUUUUGCCGCUUCCAAAGAAAAGGAACUUAAGGAGUUGGAAGCAUUAGUAAAGCAAAAAAUCAGUGAAAUAGAAAACAUUAUUACGAACGAUAGAGAAAAUGGCCUGAAAGGGUUACUGGGAAGGUUGAAAGCAAAUGAGACGAAGCUCCAAGAUGCUCAGAAGCAAUGUGAUCUAGUUAAGAUGUCCACAUACUUGAACAUGUAUCUGACUAAAGCCAUUGAAUAUGCAAAAGACCAAUUUAAAAGCGAGACAAAAACUAGAAAAGAUGUCAACUUACUAUCCCUUGUCUCCUAUAAUCUCUUCCUCGGCCUGUCCGACCACUCCCACUGCUCCCACGAAGUCUCCAACAGGCUCUUCACGCUGUCCGAAAAAGUCUCCAACCUCCAACCCCUAGCGCUCCCGGACGCAGGACGGCCCGUGCUGACGGCGCUGCAAAAGGGAAUGGAGAGCUUCAUUGAGCAGUUGCAAAAGCAGUACGUUUCGAGGUAUUCGAUGCAGCAGUGGAAGCAGGAGGAGGGAGAGAAGUAUGCGAAGGUGUGCUUGACGAUUAUGGAGGGAGUGAAAAAGGAUAUAGGUGAUUUAAGUGGUGUAUGUAAUUCAAAUAAAGACAGGCAAAUUCAUUUAGGUAUGGUUGAUAAGCAAGUCACAAAACCAGCAAAACCAAAAGUACCUGUAGAGCAGAUACAAAAUCCCCUCGGCGUCUGGUUGACCAACCGUGGUUACAAGGUGCCCACCGACAAGGACCAGCAAGAUGGGGAGUUGCGGAAUGAAACAACGUUCACGGGUGAGAAAAUUAAGACAGGUUUGCUUGACGAAAAAAUUAAGGGGGCUUUGAGCAUCGACGUUCUAACGACGUGGAAGCCAAAUAAGCAAGGCAGCGGCUUUAAUGUCUUCGACAUUGCCGAUUUCCUUCGUGACUUUUCUCGAAGGUGUUACCGCGUCGGUCACUACUACAUACCUUCCUCACCUAAAUCACCGUCCAACGUAUAUAACAUGCUGUGUUGGCUUGCCGGCCUCAAGUACAAUCACAUGUUUGACAGGAUUGGCGAGCACUUCAAGGAGCUGUUCGAGAAGCCGAAGGAUAAGAAAGAUAAGCCGUAUAAAGAAUUUACCGACACAGAACUGAGCUUAGUUGGAACGUCACCAAUUAAUCCUGUUGGGACGACAACAAUUACACCUAAGGAACUAAAAGACACACUCGGACAGGUUUGUUUAUUCUCACGCAAUGUACUCAUCGCCUUCUGUGGCAAUGGUCACGCUGAAGGGCGGUAUGCCGUUGACUUUAGCUGUAACUCAGAUAAUUUAUUAUAUCCAACCAAUGCUAGUGCCUGCUUCGACAUGCUCGUAGAUAUUCUGAAUAGAGUGUUUUCUCAAUUGCGAUUCUUAUGUAGCCAGUGUCAGAAUGGGCCCACUCUUGGCGGCUGGGCUGACUGCUGGUAUGGUCGUGGAGUAGGCGGAUCAGCGUGGCUGUGCAAUGAUAGACAAUGCCCUAACCAACAAGGUGACCAAAUGGCUACCCAAAACAGUAACCAAAAGCACACCCAAAAGUGUGACCAAAAGUGUGACCAAAGUGUUAAGUGCGGCCUUAAGUCACCGUUGCAGUCCUUUUGGAGGACGGUCUUCUUGGGUUCCUUCCUCAUUCAAUAA